GCUGAAAAGAAAAGAAAUAAAGAAUGAGUCGUCAUCACCAGCAAAUAUGUAUGCGUGCGUUUAACUUUUGAAUUCAUGUCGUUUGCGCAACAGAAAGAAAAUAGUCCAGCAAGACGAUGAGUUGUAAAAUUUUGUUUGUAUCCAUCUACAGGUGAUGGUUGGCGUCGUUCCGAAAUCAACACGAAAGAGAAGAAAAAGGAAAGAAAAAGGUUGGCGUCAUUUUGUAGUAUAUACGUGUAGGUGUAUUUGCUUAACUACGACGCCAGCAUCGGCCUUUAUUUCUUUUGAGCAUGUAGUUCGAUGGGAAGUGUUAGCUAGCUAGGCAUGUAGACACCUGGCAUGGCAUGCACAGCCUCCGAGGCCAGAAUAGUUGUGCUGAUGAUAUACACACAAUAGAUGGCACGCAUCCACGCUCGAUCGGUUGAUCGAUCUGCCUUUUGAGUUUUGUACACAUCCAUCUUUUCCUAGCAUGUAUAGCGAAAAAGGGCAAGUAGUAAACAUGUGUACACGCGUUCUGAACUUGAAGCUAUUAGCUAUAUAUCUAUCUUCCUCACAACUCUCCUUUUAAUUAGUUCUUCCAUUUCCACAACUACUCCAUAUUUCCUUUUUUCUCAUUUCUUCGAUUUGUGCGUCGAACUGCAGCUGCUGGUAUCCAGCCGCCGCUUCUCCGUAGCUACUUUCAGGCCGGCCGACCGAGCGGACAGGGGCGUGCGAGCGAGACAUGGAGAACGCAGCUGGUGGAAGAAGGGCACAACAAACGCAAGUGACUGAGGAGAGGCAGAAGAAGAUGAAGCACAAGGCGGCUCAGGAGAUUGCUGAUGGCAGCAGCACUAGUGACACAGUACAUGGUGCUGCUGAUGGUGUCUGCUUCCCGUGUGGUACAAGUACAGCUACAGCCCACCUCUUGCAACCCAAGCACUCACAGCCACAGCACGAGUUCUGGUGUUCGGUGGUUUCUUCGGUCUUCAUCUGCUGUGAACUGAGCUCUCCAACGAAACUGAAGUUGUCGGAUGCAGGAGUGGUUCAAGCGAAUUGGCCUCCUCCUCAUUUCACACGAUUUUCGAAUGGUUAUAAUUCAAGUUAUCAGAAGGUGCUUGCAAAUGCUGACAUGGACAGAGAUAGCAAUAGCUCGACAAUGCAAACACAAGUCCCUACUAAUACUAGGGAGGGACCAACUUUCACACAACUACUACUCGGAGACGAAGAUUUUGACCUACCACCAUAUGUUCCCGAAGCCGAAGAGAACAAUCAAUUCUAUCAACAAACAAUGAAUGAGAACCUAAACAUGAACCAAUUGGGCAACAAUGGGAUAGAAACUGCUGAGUUGGAACCUCAGGAGCAUAUAAUGACGUUUGCAUCAAGUUUUGGUGUAGGUUCACAGCUUUUAGGUUCUCAAGCAAUAGAAGUAGUUGAUGUUGUAGGAGGUUUAACUUCACAGUGGGGAACACAACUGCAUGGGGGUCAUCUUGCACGUGUAAUUUCAUAUAUCCGUGCAUUUCAUGACCCAGAGCAGCAGAUCCUUUCCAACCUCGUCACGCAUCAAUCUAUUGAGACAAUGUUGAACCACUAUGCCCAAACUGCAGAGAUGUCAUAUUCCAUGAGAUAUCCAGAAAAUGCAGUUACUCGUGGACCUCAAAAUGUUUCUGGGUUUCCUCAAACCAAUGGACAGAUCAACACACUGAACAACAUGAAUUCUGAGUUCCAUUUCUUGCUUGAACAAGCAAAGAAUCCAGAGAACAAUUCCAUGCGACUCAUCAACAUCAGGGGCCAUCUAUGUGCUUUCAGCAUUGAUCCGUUUGGAAGCCGUUUCAUACAACAUAAGCUUGAGAGAGCAACACCGGCAGAGUUAGCUAUGGUGUAUGAAGAAAUUGUUCCUCAUGCCCACAUGUUGGCUAUUGAUGUUUUUGCCAACUACGCGGUCCAGAAGAUUUUCCCAAAUGGAAAUUGACAUUUAUUUUCAAACAAAAAUAUUUGUUAUUGAUUAUUACAUCAUGAAUAUACAUUUUAAACUUUUUACAAAAAAUAAUGAAAAUGUGGAACUUAUCUGAGCUUUUUUUUUUUACCCUUUCAGCUUCUUGGGUAUGGACCUACCUUCUACAGAAGGGAACUCAUCGGUAAACUAACUGGUCAUGUGGUAGCCUUGAGCCUUCACGUGUAUGGAUGUCGAGUGAUGCAGAAGGCUUUCGAAGUAAGUGAUAUGGAUCAGAGGAUAGAGAUGGCCAACGAGGUUGGCAGAAAUUUGAUGCAGUGUGUAUAUGAUCAAAACGGCAAUCACGUUGUGCAGAAAUGUUUGCAGUGUGUACCACCUAAAUAUAUAAAACUAAUCCAUGCAAGCUUCUACUGGAAGGCCAUGGUUUUA